UCUUCCAUGGCCUUUUGUCUCUUUCAUCAAUUCACUUUCUUGCUCUUUACUUCAUCCCCUCUCCCUUCUGGUUUCACCGAUCACCUGAGCCUGGCGGAACUGUCGUGUCGGUCCGUGGAGCGAGCCGGAAUGUCGGGUAGGCGGACCGGUUGCUGUGAAGAUGGUGGAACUGUACUACCUUUUCGCUCCCGCUUUGGUUUUGCUUUGUUUAUGGAUCCGACACAUUUAUGGCGAACAAUUCGUUGAUCCAGAACCUGCUGCCAUUGGGGCUGAGGAUCAGGCGGCCCAGAGGCGGGGGACGGCGACUUUGCUGAUUACCGCUCACCCCGACGACGAGUGCAUGUUUUUCGCGCCAGCCGUGCUCCGCUUAGCGGCCCGUGGACCCUUCUACCUGCUCUGUCUCUCCACAGGGAACUUCUAUAAUCAAGGGAAAGUUCGUAAGAAGGAACUACUUCAGAGCUGUGUUGUCCUUGGAAUCCCUUCAUCCUGUGUAACCAUUUUGGAUCACAGAGAACUUCCAGACAAUCCAGGAGUACAGUGGGACCUAGAGCUUAUAGCUUCUCUGAUCGUCAGACACAUAAAAAUGCAUGAAAUCAACCUGGUGAUGACGUUUGAUAAAGAUGGAGUGAGUGGACAUGCCAAUCACACUUCUGUUUACUAUGCUGUCAGAUGGAAUUUGUACGUUUUCACCUUCUUUCAUGGAGCCUCCACCAUGCUAUCAGGAUAUCACGAGAGACUUUGCUCAGAGAGGAAACUGCCCAAUGAGUGCCAGGCUCUCGUACUCGAAUCUACAAACAUCCUCCGGAAGUAUAUUUCCAUCUUGGAUCUUCCAAUCAGCUGGUUAAGACCUCACUAUGUAAUGUAUAUAUUACAAAGACAGGAGUAUCAACAGGCCAAGGCAGCGAUGUAUUGUCACCAGAGUCAGAUGUUGUGGUUCCGUCGCUUCUACCUUCAGUUUUCUCGUUACAUGGUUAUAAACACUUUCCAUUUACUUUCACAUUGAUGACAAUGGUGUGGUGGUCCAUUCACUUGUCAAACUAUUCAAGGUCAGUUUUCCAAGGAAAAGUCCAUUUCCUGACAAUCUGGUUACACAACUGGAUAAAAUACUAUUAGCCCUAUGUGCUGCCAUUAUACUUCUACAAAAUUCCAACUGAAAUCAUGACAACAAAGGACUGGUCAUCCACAUUACACAGUUGUGUCCUCCAUUCCAUUAUUGAUCCAGUUGCUUUUUAUUGGGCUGAAAUAUGAAGAGUGCUGCACAGAAGCUAAAUAGGAUCUCAGGUUUUCACAGGUGGCUGUUGUGCUUAUAACUUCCAAUUCCCACCUACCCCAACCAAAUUCCCAUUUUCUUAUCAAGAACCUAUCAGCCUCUGCCUUAAAAAUAUCCAAAAAUUCAUCUUGCACCACCUUUGGAGGAAGAGUUGUAAAGGCUCACAAGCCUCUGAGAGGAAAAUCUUGUUUCAUCUCCGUCUUAACUGGGUGACCCCUUUAAUGGUUUGGAUGAGAAUGUUGUUGGCAUGGUCAGUAAAUUUACAGAUGACACCAAUAUUUGUGGUGCAGUGAGCAGAGAAGAUGAUUUCAGCAGGAUCUAGAUCAACUAGGAGAAUAAACCAUGGAACGGCAGCUAGAAUUUAACUUGGACAAAUGCAAAUAGACAGUAAAUGGCAGGGCUUGGAGAGUGUUGUAAAACGCAGAGACCUUCAUGUACAUGUACAUAGUUCAAUAAAAGUGCAACAUAGGUGGACAAGGUGGUGAAGAAAGCAUUUGUCAUACUGGCCUUCAUCAGUCAGGACACUGAGAACAAGCGUUGGAAUGUAACUUUACAAUUCCACAUAAUUUUGAUGAGAUCACAUUCAUUUGCAGUUCUGGUUGCCUAUGGGAAGGAUAUCAUUAAUUAAGAAAGGUUUCAGGAAUGAUUCACAAGGAUAUUAAUAUGGUGAGAGAGGUUGAGUUAUAAGGAGAGACUGGAUAGGCAGGUGCUUUUUCCCCUGGAAUAUAUACAUUUAUUACAUCAUGAGGUAAGGUGAAUGGUCACAGUCUAUUUCCCAAGAUAGUGGGGUUAAAAAAUUGACACACAUAUUUAAGGUGAGAGGAGAAAGAUUUAAAGGGGAUCUGAGGGGUAGGUUUUUCACACGGCAGGUGGUAGGUAUAUGGAACAAACUGCUAGAGGUAGUAGAUGUGGGUGCAAACAUAAAGUUUAAAAGACAUUUAGACAGGUAUAUAGAUAGGAAAAGUUUAGAGGGAUGUGGGCAAAUGGGAGCAGCUUGAUUGGCUGGGACUUGUUGGGCUGAAAGGCCUGAUUUCCUGCUGUCUGUCCCUCCUAGUUUUGAACACCUCAAUUAGAUCUGCUUUUGCUUAAAUGGUCCAGCACAUCAUUUUCGUUAUACUAUUGAUUUGAUCACAUUCAUUGUUUUUAAUAACAGUUUGCAACAGUUCGGAUUUAUGAGCACAAACAAAGUGAAGAUUUGUUCUGUGGUGCCUACCUUGUAGUGCUGAAACCAUGAGAUCCAUAAUCAGUUUCAUUGCACAAAUUCUGCAGCUAAAUGAAAAUUCAUUAUGGCCUGUAACUGUGUAUAUCCAUUGCCCUAGAAUCAUGACAAUGUGAUGAGAAGAAGGUCUGAUCUACAAAGUAUCCCGCUCUCAUCAAUUUCUUGUCCCUUAAGGUUGGUAGAACUUGUAAGGAACAAUGAAUUGUCAGUCACCUUUCAUAAUGAGUUGACAGUCACCCUUUAUAAUGAAUGGUCAGUGACCCUUUUAACCAGCUAAAUUCAUAAACGGAAUCUUUCAAUUAUAACGACAUUGUUAGAACUGAACUAAAGCUUUGACAAACACAAGAUUAGAAAAGCCUACAGGAUACCCUGUUCCUUGCAUUAGUCACUGACAUCUUUAUCCUCUUAGAUUUAACAUUGAUAGUGUUACUUUUUCAACCUUUAAUUGGAGCUAAAUCGAAAUUCAAAAGAAUUCCUCAAUGCAAUAUUGCUUUCUGUAACUGACACUAGAUGCUCAGUGGCCAUUUUAUUAGGUAUUAGGUACCUGUGUACACCUUGCUAAUUCCAGUUCUAAUCAGCCAAUCAAGUGGCAGCAACUCAAUGCAUAAUAGCAUGCAGAUAUGGACAGGAAGUUCAAUUGUUGUUCAGACCAAACAUCAGAAUUGGGAAGAAAUGUCAUCUAAUUAACUUUGAGUGUGGAAUGAUUAUUGCUGUCAGGCAGGGUGGUUUGACUAUCUUAGAAAUUGCUGUUCUCCUGGGAUUUUCAUGCACAAGUCUCAAGAGUUCACAAGAAUGGUGUGGAAAACAAAAAAAAACUUCCAGUGAGGAAAGACAUCUUUGCCAUAGAGGGAGUACAAAGAAGGUUCACCAGAUUGAUUCCUGGGAUGGCAGGACUUUCAUAUGAAGAAAGACUGGAUGAACUGGGCUUGUACUCGUUGGAAUUUAGAAGAUUGAGGGGGGAUCUGAUUGAAACGUAGAAGAUCCUAAAGGGAUUGGACAGGCUAGAUGCAGGAAGAUUGUUCCCGAUGUUGGGGAAGUCCAGAACGAGGGGUCACAGUUUGAGGAUAGAGGGGAAGCCUUUUAGGACCGAGAUUAGGAAAAACUUCUUCACACAGAGAGUGGUGAAUCUGUGGAAUUCUCUGCCACAGCAAACUGUUGAGGCCAGUUCAUUGGCUAUGUUUAAGAGGGAGUUAGAUAUAGCCCUUGUGGCUACAGGGGUCAAGGGGUAUGGAGGGAAGGCUGGGGCGGGGUUCUGAGUUGGAUGAUCAGCCAUGAUCAUAAUAAAUGGCGGUGCAGGCUCAAAGGGCCGAAUGGCCUACUCCUGCACCUAUUUUCUAUGUUUCUAUGUUUCUAUGAUUGGCUGUUCUGUGGGUGAAAACACCUUUUUAAUGAGAGGUCAGAGAAGAAUGGCCAGAUUGGUUCAAACUGACAGGAGGGUGACAGUAACUCAUAUCAGCGUGCAGAAGAGCACAACACGUGGAACCUCGAAGUAAAUGGGCUACAGCAGCAGAAGAUCACAAACAUACACUCAGAGGCCACUUUAUUAGGACAGGAGGUACCUAAUAAAGUGGCCACGGAGUGUAUACUGACUGGUUGUAUCACAGCCUGGUAUGGAAACCCUAAUACUGUACCCUUCUAUGGAAAAGCCAAGAAAAAGCAGAUACAGCCCAGUCCAUUACAGAAAAAGCCCAUCCCAGUCCCAUCAUUGACCACAUCGACAAGGUGCAGUGCCACAGGAAAGUAGUAUCCAUCAUCAGGGACCCCCACCACGAGGCCACGUUCUCUUCUUGCUGCUGCCAUCAGGAAGGAGGUACAGGAGCCUCAGGCCCCACAUCACCAGGAUCAGGAACAGUUAUCACCCUCAAUCCUCAUCCAUUAGGCUCCGGAACCUGCAUGGAUAACUUCAUCCACCACAACUCUGAAGUGAUUUCACAACUUAUGGAUUUACUUUCAAGGAUAUGACAACUCAUGUUCACAAUAUUAUUUACUAUUAUUAUUUACUUUUUUGUAUUUUCACAGUUUGUCUUUUGCAGAUUGGUUGUCUGUUUGUAGUGCUUCACUGAUAGUAUUAUAUUUCUUUGUUCUGCUAUGAAUCCCUGCUAGAAAAUGAAUCUCAGGGUAGUAUAUGGUACAUAUGGUUCAUAUAAGUACUUUGAUAAUAAAUUUACUGUGAAGUUUGAACUUUGAAUUAACCAGUAAUUAUUACUGAGUUUCUUGAGUUUCUGAUCUACCUCUAUACUACUGCUGCAGUGUUUAUUUGUUCACCUGGAUGAUUCUUUUGCACCAAUUCUGCUGUACCAUGUGUACCUCCUGUCAUGGCACUCACUACUGCCACCGCUAUUAAACAUAUACAUACCCAGGGUGCCAGUCUUAUUUGGGUUAUAUUCCUACCUGGAUAUUUAUCCUUGAUACGCUUAUCGCUGGAUAUACUCUAGAAUGUUAUUCGGGUGCAGGAUGUAAUCAUGAAGUACUUUCCAAAGCCGGGGGUAUAUUUGAGAACUCGUACAAACAUUACAUUCCAAGGAUUUGUAUAUGGGAAUUCAUGUUUGACAAAUCUCCUGAAGUUCUUUGAGAACCAAGAAGGUAGAUGAGGGUAGGAUAGUGGAUGUUGUCUGUAUGGAUUUUAACAAGACCUUUGACAAGAUCCUUCAUGACAAUCUUGUCUGGAAGGUUUGAUCACGGGAUUCAUGGGAGAUGGUGAAUUGGAUUCAUAAUUAGCUCAGUGAUAGGAAGCCAAGAGUUGUUUCUUGGAGACCUGUAUCUAACACUAUUUCACAGUGGUCAAUACUCAGCCUUUGUGGUCUGUAAUUUACAUAAAACAUUUGGAUGUGAAUGUACAAGGCAGAUAUAGAAGGUUAUGAAAAAUUACAGGCAUCCGUCUCAGCUAGGGUAAGCAAACAGCUUUCAAUCCAGAUGAGAUAUUGCAUUUCAGGAGAUCAAAUGAGGUUAGGAUUUAGACAGUGAAUGAUAGGACCUUGGGCAGUGUUAUGGAACAGAGGGACAGAGGAUUGCAAGUUCAUAGUUUGCUGAGUGUGUUACAGGUAGACAAGGUGGAGAAGAAGGUAUUUAGCACACCAACCUUCAUCAGUCUGGGCAUUAAGUAUAGGUUAAGUACAAGUUAUGUUGCAGUUAUAUAAGACAUUGGUGAGGCUACAUUUGGAGUAUUCUGCACAGUUUUGAUUACACUAUUAUUAAACUAGAAAGUGUACAGACAAGAUUUAGCAGGAUGUUGCCUGGAC